UAUGUUUCGGAGUGAAGAUAUCUCAUAAUUAAUAAUAAAAAUUAAUUCACAAAAAUGACGAGUAAAGUAAAAACGCCUAAGACGAAGGAAGGUGCCACAGAAAAUGCCAAAGUGGCUCUGAGGAAGAGGCCCUUCAAGAGGCAUGGACGUCUGUACGCGAAAGCCAUCUUCACCGGUUAUAAACGUGGACUGCGCAAUCAACAUGAACAUACAGCGCUGCUUAAAAUUGAAGGAGCCAGUACUAAGCUGGACUCUGAUUUCUACGUAGGGAAACGAUGCGUCUAUGUAUAUAAGGCUAAGAACAAGACGCCGGUACCUGGCAAAACCACAAAGAAAACAAAGAUUAGGGCUAUCUGGGGUAAAGUCACUCGUCCCCAUGGAGCAAGUGGAUCGGUCCGUGCAAAAUUUAAGAGAAAUCUGCCAGCUAAGGCAAUGGGUCAUCGUAUCAGGAUUAUGUUGUAUCCCAGUCGGGUAUGAACAAAUAAUCUUGUAUAAUAUAAGGAAAUAAAUACCAUUUUGGUACAAAAAUAAAA